ACGAGCGUUUGAUUGUGUGUCUACACACACACACACAUAUAUAUAGAGAUAAGACUAAAAUAAGAUUAAGAAGCAAAUCCAAGCAGUAGAUGAGGAUGACGAGGAAGAAGGUGAAGCUGGCCUACAUUGCCAAUGACUCUGCAAGAAAGGCAACUUUCAAGAAGAGGAAGAGAGGGCUGAUGAAGAAGGUCAGCGAACUCAGCACUCUCUGUGGGAUUGAGGCUUGUGCAAUCGUGUUCAGCCCCUACGAUUCUCAACCGGAGCUCUGGCCGUCCCCGCUCGGAGUCCAGCGGGUGCUCUCCCACUUCAAAAAGAUGCCCGAGAUGGAGAAGAGCAAGAAGAUGGUGAACCAAGAAACGUUUCUCCGUCAGAGGAUCGCGAAGGCAAACGAGCAGGUUAAGAAGAUGAGAAAGGAGAAUAGGGAGAAGGAGAUGACGCGGCUCAUGUUCCAAAGCCUCACCGGAGCCAAGGGGCUUCAGGGUCUCACCAUGGUGGACCUCAACGAUCUUGGCUGGCUCAUUGACCACAACCUCAAGGACAUUACCAAGCGGAUCGAAUCCCUCACCAAGCCUUCACCACCACAGCCACCGCCACCGCCCCCGCCCCAGCCCCAGCCGCAUGCGGCAGCGUGGCUGAUGGAUCUGGUGAGCGUGAGCCCUCAUCAGGAUCAGGGCAUGGGUGGUUUGGGUUUGGGUUUGGUUGGGGAGGACAUGCUCCUCCCGUUCGGAGAUCAUUUUAGUAACCACAAUAAUAAUGCCAUGUGGUCCAAUGCAUUUUUCCCAUGAUUCCUCUUUCUUUCAA